AUGGUCCUGAGUGGGGCACUGUGCUUCCGAAUGAAAGAUGCCGCAUUAAAGGUGCUUUAUGUGCAUGAUAACCAACUCUUCGCUGGAGGGCCACACACAGGAAAAGUCAUUAAAGGUGAGAAGAUCAGUGUUGUCCCCAAUCGGUGGCUGGAUGCCAAGCUUUCUCCAGUCAUCUUGGGUGUCCAAGGAGGGAGCCAGUGCCUAUCAUGUGGGACAGAGCUGGAACCAACUCUGAAACUGGAGCCAGUGAACAUUAUGGAGCUUUACCGUGGGAGCAAGGAAUCCAAGAACUUCACCUUCUACCGGCGGGACACCGGGCUCACCUCCAGCUUUGAGUCAGCUGCCUUCCCAGGCUGGUUCCUCUGCACCAUGAUUGAAUCUGACCAGCCUCUCAGACUCACCCAAAUCCCAGAGGAUGCCAGUUGGGAUGACCCCAUCACAGACUUCUACUUCCAACAGUGUGACUAG